AUGCAAGAAGAGAAGAGAAAGAUGGGAGAAGAAGCAGAUGAUGGUUUCCAGCCUAACGGGAGUUCCCCAAUCUCCUGCACUGAUCAGCCCAUUAAACUUGAAUCUCAUUUUGAUGGCUCUGACGAUGCUUAUUCGCCUCCACGGAGAUUGACGAUUGAAGAGAUAUCUGAACUCAUCAAUGACUUCAGAAUAGCUGCAAGAAAUGCUAUUGAAGCAGGUUUUGAUGGGGUGGAGAUACAUGGAGCCAAUGGUUACCUUGUGGAUCAAUUCAUGAAAGAUGGAGUGAAUGACAGAACCGAUGAAUAUGGAGGGAGCCUGGAGAAUCGGUGCCGGUUCCCUCUGGAAAUAGUUGAAGCCGUAGCCGACGAGAUUGGAGCCGAUAGAGUUGGAAUUAGGCUGUCACCAUUCACAGAUUAUAACGAUUCACGGGACUCAAACCCUGAAAUGCUUGGACUUUACAUGGCAGAGGCAUUAAACAAGUACAACAUACUGUACUGCCAUGUGGUUGAACCCAGGAUGGUCACUCAGUUCGACAAGCACGAGACCGGAAAAAGUCUUCUGCCGAUGAGAAAUGCAUUCAAGGGAACCUUCAUUGUUGCCGGCGGGUACGACAGAGAAGAAGGGAACAGGGUUAUCAGCGAAGGAGGAGCUGAUCUUGUUGCUUACGGACGAUUGUUCUUGUCUAACCCAGAUUUACCAAGGAGAUUCGAGCUGAAUUCGGUUCUUAACAAGUACGAUAGGAGCACAUUUUACUCUUUCGAUCCUAUUGUAGGUUAUACAGACUACCCUUUCCUAGACGAAAAUGCUUAG